AGCCCGUAUCUCUCGUGUUCCAUUCGCAAAAGAAACACAAGCACACCAGAAAUAAUUCUUUUUGUUUGGAGCCUGCGCAUGGAAUGGCCUAGCCGAACAAUUAUUCAUCCUCUCUCUCCCUCUUUCUCCCUUUCCUUUUGUUUUCCCCGUAAAGCCUGAGCGAGGAACGAUUGGAUGUAUGAAUGGUAAGGAGAGGUGAAUAGUAUCAAUGAUCCCCUGUUCUAGCCAUUUUUCCUUUUCCUUCUUUCGCAGCGGUAGUCUGCAACUGUCGUAGUUCUUUCUUUCUCUUCCCGCCCGCCCAACCCCAUUCCACCCCGCUUUGGAGGCGACUUUGUAGAUGAAAGCUACCACUCCGUUAGUAAUCUCAAAAGCAAACAUAGUAGAACCGACUACGUGUAUUCUCAGAAAACGCACCAGUGUUUAAGAGUUUUGUUUACCUCCUUUACUUUGGACAAAAUAAUCCUUCUGUUGCGCAUUUGAGUCAUCUUCUACCGAACCUUUACUUUCAACCUAUUUCCCCUUCACCUUUCUUCACCUACAUCAGCCACAAUUAUUCGAAGGUUUAAACCGUUCUUCUUUGUGACGGCACACACGUGAAUGGAGGCACCGGGCAACGGACGCGGCGGUGGAGGCAGAGGUCGCUAUCGUGGACGCGGCGGCCGCUAUGGACGAGGCGGGCGGCACCAUGAUGCAGCCGCACCAUCUCCACAGGGAACCAACAGUAACAGCCGUGUGAACGACGGAGAAGUCCCUCCCUCCUCCUUAGAGCUGGAUGUAGAGUCGGUCACUAUUCCACACGCCUUUGAAUCCAGCUGCGCCCACGUGAAGCGGUGCCGUGAACGUGGCCGUCUCUUCCACCUCCCUCUUCCCAGCAGUGCCGUCGAGGACUUCGCCGUGGUGGAGCGCACCAUCGGCGGCAUAGACGAUAUGAUUUACAAUAAACAUCGGGAGGUGUGGGAGCGGCUGCCGCGUGGCAACGCACGGGUUUACGUGAGAGAGACGACCGACGGCCCCUACGUACUGGUUGGGGCGGUCAACGGUUUGCGCAAGUUCGGCUACAACGACGCCACCUACGGCUACCCCGACGCGGUGACGACGGUGGUGGCCGUGGAGAAGGAAAACGGCGAGUGCGGCCACAUUAGCGCCUUUGUACUGCCCCUCGCCGCGUCAGAGAUGAACGCGCCAGCACGCAACGAUGACGGCACCACCACGACGACCACCACCUCUGCGAAGAACCGCUUUUGGAUUGUGGGCAGCAAGAACGUCCACGUCGUGCUGGACUACUACAUCUCUGAUGCCUGCCUCGAGUACUAUCACGCCCUUGGCCGGCGCUACUCCUACGCCAUCAAGAUCGCUCGCUUGUGGAGGGCGAUGCUGCAUAGGGCCAGCGCAGAGACCACUACAGCGACGACGAACACGAACACGAGCGCCUCUCGCAUGUUGACCGCUGCACAGGCACUGGCGUUCCACGACAUGCUGCACACGCGCAAGUGGACGAGCUGCUUUGAGGCGAUCUUCUCCGACAGUCAACACCUCGUGGACUACGAUGGUGCGAAUGAGCUCCGCUUUUACGCCCUCACGAGCAACGCGCGUGCCUUUGGCGCCCCACCUGCUGAGGCACCACAAAAUGGAGCAACGGAUGAAGAGGCCGCCAAAGGGGAUAGUGCAGAGGUGCCGUCAUCGACGCAGCAAAACGGUCCCUUCUACUCCCGCGAAGAUGGCCUCUGCCUGCCGGUCAACGAGGCAGACGCGUUGUACACCGGCGUCGGUCUUGCUUUCUCGCACCACAGCAGCUCCGUCGUGUACAGGAGUGAAGACUACGCGAAGCUGGUCGACACGAUUGGCCGGCGCAGGAACUCCGAAGGCUGCGUGAUGUACGGCGCAGACGACGCCGGCAGAGUGGUGCGACUGUGGAAGGAGAAGUCCUACCCCUACGUGAUGGAGCGCGCCACGCGAGAGGCGAUCACGAACCACAAGCUGGCCGGCAAGGAUCUUGCGGAUGCCAUGAGGAAGAAGCUAAAGCAGCAGCGGACGGAGCUGCGGGACUUCUUCAACGACUGGGAGGCCACGCGGAUGCCGUGGCUGCUGCACUUUGCGGCCUGGCUGCAGAUGACGCGUCGUCUUGCCCCGAGCAUGCAGCGUGAGGACCUCUUUCGGCUACGCAAUCAAUGGCUCUCCCUUCAGAAGGAGUUUCAGGCCGACAUGGACCGCGACCCGGAGCUGUACGACGUCUGUGGGCAGUACCAGCCGGACCCGGUGCAGUGGGGCUCCGACACGAAGGACCUCGACGUGAUUAAGUUUGUCGGGCCGCAGGGCUGUGGCAAGUCGACCCUCAGCCGCGCGCUCUACGCCUUGCUGGGAAAGGCGCGGUACAACCCGCGGUGGGUGAAUCAGGAUGAGGCGGGCAACCGCAACAAGUUCCUCGCCUCGCUGCGGCAGGCCACCCACGCCGAGGCGGGCGUGACGCACCUCCUCAUCGACAAGAUGAACCUCGACGCGCGCAUGAACCACGACUACGACAACCUCCCGCUCAGCGUCACCGUCGUGUGGUACCACCCAGACGGCGAAAACGCCCUUUACGACGUGUGCAUCGAGCGUGUUCUCGGCCGAGGCAGCGGCCACCGCACGGUUCGCCUGGAUCCCAGCCUGACACCGCCGGAGCGCGCCGCGGCGGAGCAGAACAUCCGCAGCUUUGUGCGCAAGGCGGUGCGUGCCUGUGAGACUCCACAGGAUCCGUCGGAGGCCAUCCUGGAGCUGGACAUCACCACCCCGCUGCAGGAACUCGUGCGAAUGGUGUGGGCGAAGCUGCAGGAGAACGGCACGAACACCCUGCCGGCCAUCACUGACGAUGACAUCCACGAGGCACUCACGGUCGCCCACCGCUACGAGGCGCUGCUGUGUGAACUGCCCACCGCACCCAUCUACGCCUGCAUUGGCCUGCCGCCGCAGGGCGACGAGGCCGCGAGGCUGCUCGCCAUUGUGCCGCCUGCCUUCACAGACGGCCAGGUAGUGCAGGCGACCUUUCAUGUCACGACAAGGUUUUUUGGUGGCGAGACGGACCCGGUGGCCUUUGUCGCCUUGGCGGAGCGGCUCGGGCAGUCGGUGACGCUGACGCUGGACUCUGUCGUGGGCGAUGCCGACGGCGUGGCGGUGACCGUGCGGCGGGACGACGCGCGCUAUCCCUGUGCCAACCCGGUCCCUCACUUUACGAUAUCGAACCGGAAGGGGGUGCCACCCAAGUACAGCAGCCAGCUCAUCUCGGAGCAGAACUACCCCGGUGACUUGUCGCAGCGGCGUGUGGUGCGGCUGGCGGAAGGGAUAACGGUGACGGGCGUGUUUGAGUUCCGCUAA